AUGGCUACAGUCUCGAUCAAUUACAAUUUUGCCCAUUUCAGGGCCAAAGUGGCUCCAAAUACGGUGUUAAAUGACGUCUUGGUUGACAGUUUAAGGCAUUACAAGCUGCUAGAUGAUGAAGCACCGAACAAUUGCCAGGACUGGGUUCUUUUACACAACAAAAAACCAGUGACUCUAGAUUUGCCCUGGAGGUUCCUCAAUCUUAGCACAGGGGUUAAUUUGGAGUUGAAGAAAAGUGAGGCUGGUUCAAAGGCUGAUGAGGGCAACUCUGUGAAGAUAAAAUGGCAAGUCACUGGUCACAAGACUAUAGUUGAAACCAUUAGAAGCUCCGCUGACCUGAAGGAUGUGCUUGAUGUGCUGGCAUCGAAACAUGGAUGGUCAUUAGAAUCCUCCAACACCAAGUUACAAGUAUUCUCCAAGGUUGUACCCUAUGCAGAACUCAGAGGAUUGACUCUGGAUGAUCUUGGAGUUAAAAGCUCUGCGUUAGUUAGACUUACAAACUCAGAGACUAUUCAGCAAGACUCAUCUGGAGUAGAUCCAAACAAGGAAGAACAGGUUGCUGCGAAGCCUGAAGACUUGAAAGGCACAGAAACACUAGCUAAGAAGCAUGUACUACAUGAAGUUUCGGCAUAUAUUCCCACGGACACAUCGAUUGCAAAACAAAUACAAAAGGACGAGAAUGCGGAUGAUUAUGAAAUGACAGUGGAUCAGGCUAGGAGAUACCAGCAUAUGCUCUUGAAGCAAACAGGUGGUCUCGGAGGACCAUUGAUGACCAAGAGACUCAGACAGGAAAAAGAAGAGUCCGCAAAGACGGUGGUAAAGGAAUGUGUAGUGAGGAUACGAUUUCCUGACUUGACUCAUAUCGAGGUAGCUUUCGAACCAGCUGAAAGUAUGAAGACUAUAUACAAGGUUGUGUCAGAAUCGCUGAUAGAUGACAGUAUGAAUUUCACAUUGAACCAGCCGCAUCCUUUCGAAGUUUACCAACCGGAUGAUAGAAAAUUGGUGGACGAAUUAGGCUUCGGUACCAAGACUUUAUUAAUGUUCGACUGCAAAGAUAAAGGUCCAUAUUUGAGGAAUGAGAUUUUAGAAUCUGCUAAAGGCUUGACAGACGCUGAUGACGUUCGGAGAGAUCGAGGCGAGCAUUCAUCUGAUGAAAAGAUCAGCGAUGAUGUUGUUAAACCAAAGAUCAGUACCUCAGACCCUAAAAUUAAGAAGAUCCCUAAAUGGUUGAAACUGAGCAAGAAGUGA